AGCACGUCCCCUGCUCGGUUCUCUUUUCCUGCCGCCGCGUCAGUGGAAACAUGCUGAUCGCUCUGUUUUUCUCCCUCCUGGUGUCUUCUGUCGUUGCCGCAGAGAAAGACAGUGUCCUUCCCAGACUGACCGACACCAAAGCCGCCGAGGCCUUCAUCGACUCUGCUGAAGUGGUGGUCAUCGGAUUCCUGGAGGGAGAGGAGAGUCCCGGCUAUCAGCAACUUGUUUCAGCUGCAGGCCGCGUCCACUCCGUCCCUGUGGCCGUCUGCACGCACAAAGAGGUGUGGAGCCACUACGCUCUCUCCUCUGACACCAUCGCUCUUUUCAGAAAGGCAGACAACCACCAGGAGAACCUCGUUAUUGCCACAACCAAGAAGUUAGAAGCCGACGGCCUCGUGAACUUCAUCAGCGUCAAUGAGGUUCGAUACAUCACAGAGUACGAUCAAGUGACCGCCGUGGGCCUGUUCAAUUCCCAGGUGAAGACACACCUGCUGCUCUUUGCCAACAAAGGCAGUGACGGAUACAGUGAGCUGAAGGGGGCCCUGGGGGCCGUGGCCCCUGACUUCACUGACAAGUUCUUGUUUGUGCUGGUCAACGGAGCCGCCAAGUCCAACUCUCGGGCACUGGACUACUUCGGCCUCAAGUCCCAGCACCUCCCUCGAGUCGGUAUUUACGAUGGCGACUCGGACACAAAGUGGCUCCUGCCCGCUGGGGAGAUCUCCACGGAGCGAGUGCGACACUUCUGCCUGUCCUUCUUACGGGGGGAACUGAAGGAGGCGAAGCAGACGGAAGCCGAGGCCAAAGCAGAGCUCUAGGACUCGUAAUCAAAUGAAUUCAUGUGUAUUAAAUAAAACCACUGAGAGGAAAACAGACGCUGCUAUGGCCGUGUUUGAGAACGUGAA